UGUUGCGAUAUACAAAAUCCCUCCACACAUGAGGAGAAGAGCCCUCUCGUGGUAAUGUCAGAGGCAUAGCAAUAGGAGACAACCUGCUGCUCUCUGCUGCUCUGUGAGCCAAACAUCAGCAAAGCCAAGCAGGGAGAAAAGAAGGGCUCUUCAUGAGAAAAUGACAGCAAGAGAACACAGUCCUCGCCAUGGCGCCAAGUCCCGCGGCGUUCAACGCGCCUCCACCAUCGACGUCACCUCCGACAUGCUCGGCCUGUCCCUCACAGGAAACAUUCAGGAUCCAGAUGAGCCGAUUUUAGAGUUCAGUUUAGCUUGCAGUGAACUGCUAACUCCGUCGCUAGAUCGAAAACCAAAUAGUUUUGUAGCAGUGAGUGUCACUACACCUCCCCAGGCAUUCUGGACAAAGCAUGCACAGACAGAAAUCAUUGAGGGAACAAGCAAUCCUAUCUUUCUAAGCAGCAUUGCCUUUUUCCAAGACUCUCUUAUCAAUCAGAUGACACAAAUCAAACUCUCCGUGUAUGAUGUCAAAGACAGAUCUCAGGGAACAAUGUAUUUGUUGGGUUCCGGGACGUUCACUGUAAAAGAUCUUCUUCAGGACAAGUAUCACAGGUUGCACAUAACACUAAGGUCGGCUGAAAGUGACCGUGUAGGUAACAUCACAGUUAUUGGAUGGCAAAUGGAGGAAAAAUCUGACCAAAGGCCUCCAGUGACAAGGUCACCUGACACAAUUAAUGGCAGGACUGUGUUGCCAGUUGAUGAGAGUUUAACAGAAUCUUUAGGAAUCAGAUCCAAAUAUGCUUCAUUACGGAAAGAUGCACUACUGAAAUCUGUGUUUGGUGGUGCCAUUUGCCGAAUGUAUCGUUUCCCAACCACUGAUGGAAACCACUUGAGAAUCCUGGAGCAGAUGGCUGAGAGCAUCCUGUCCCUGCACAUCCCUAGGCAAUUUGUGAAGCUGCUCCUAGAAGAAGAUGCAGCAAGGUGAGUUUGGGA